GCGCUUUGGCGCCGAGCCCUGCAGGCGUCCCUUUUCCUGCCCCCCCGUCUCGGCCUCCCUCCAACUCUGGAAGUCCGAGUUUGCGCGCUUCAGCACCGCGGACAGCGCCCGCCCGAGCCCCCGAGCCGGGUCUGUGGGUGUCGUCCUGUAGGAAGCCCCCACCCUCCGCCCCGAGUGCACCUCCCAGUUGAGCUCAACUCUGAUCAACUCUUGCUUUCUCUCUUUCUCUCUCUCGUUCCGUCCGCUGCCCACCUCGGUGCCGCACCUAGCGCCCCUAACAUGCGGCUGCCGCUGCUCGUGUCCGCGGGCGUCCUGCUGGUGGCCCUCCUGCCCUGCCCGCCAUGCAGGGCCCUCCUUAGCCGGGGGCCCGUCCCGGGGGCCCGGCAGGCCUCGCAGCACCCCCAGCCCCUGGAUUUCUUCCAGCCUUCGCCGCAGCCUCAGCAGCCGCAGGCUCGGCCCGUCCUGCUCCGCAUGGGGGAGGAGUACUUCCUCCGCCUGGGUAGCCUCAAUAAGAGCCCCGCUGCUCCGCUCGCGGCCGCCUCCUCGCCUCCUGCCGGCAGCAGCGGCAGCCGCCUUUCGCCGGACCAGGUGGCCGCCAACUUUUUCCGCGCGUUGCUGCAGCAGCUGCCGCUGCCCCGGCGCCCGCUCGACAGCCCUGCGAGUCCGGUGGAACGCGGCGCCGAGAACGCCCUCGGCGGCCGCCAGGAGGCACCGGAGAGGGAGAGGCGAGCCGAGGAACCUCCCAUCUCCCUGGAUCUCACCUUCCACCUCCUCCGAGAAGUCUUGGAAAUGGCCAGGGCUGAGCAGUUAGCGCAGCAAGCUCACAGCAACAGGAAACUGAUGGAGAUUAUUGGGAAAUGAAACGGUGCGUCUGGCCA